AUGACUGAGCUUGGAGCCAAAAGGAUCGGUGAACGAGGCGAAGGGGAUGACGACAAGAGCUUGGAGGAAGACUACCUGGCCUGGAAGGAUCCCAUGUGGACUGCCUUCUCUAAGCGUCGUGUUGUCGAGGAGGGUGGUGCUGGCGAUGUCGCCGACUUUGUUGUGAAGGAGCUGCCCGAUCACGCCCCCGAGAAGGCCUACCAUGGCCAAUUUUCCCCUCGUGCUCUUCUCGCAUCAGCCAGCGGCGGGAGUACUCCUGUGGGCGCAUAUGGUGCCAAGAACCCCUUCCCUGCCCCUGUCCUUUCUUCUCGAGAGCUGUUCAGCGUCGGCGGUAACGGAAACUGUGUUCACAUUGAAUUCGACAUUACGGGCUCUGGCAUGAACUACCAACACGGCGACCAUGUGGGCGUCUGGCCUUCUAAUCCCGACGUUGAUGCCAUUGUUGACAUCGAGUCUCUCGAUCCCGCUCUGGGCAAGGCCCCCUUCCCUUCUCCUGCUACCUACGAUGCCAUUUUCCGUCACUAUCUCGACAUCUCCGCCAUGGCUUUCCGCCAAACGAUUGCCUUCCUUGCUCGUUACGCGCCGACUGAAGCUGCUGGCGCCAAGCUCACGCAGUGGGACAAUGACAAGGAAGCAUAUGCCAAAGAAGUCGACGGCCCUGCCUUGAAGUUGGCCGAAGUCCUCCAAGCUGCCAGCGGCGACUCUGUCGAGGAGCCUUUUGUCCCGCAGACUGUCUGGUCCAUUCCCUUUGACCGUAUCGUCUCUUCCAUUCCCCGUCUUCAACUCCGAUACUACUCCAUCUCGUCAUCCGCAAAGUUCCACCCCAACGCCAUCCACGUGACCGCGGUUGUGCUCAAGUACCCGUGCUGCCGUGCACCACCACCGGAGCCGCGAUGGGUCUUUGGUCUUUCUACCAACUUUGUCCUCAAUGUCAAACUCGCCCAGUCUGGCGAGAACGCUCCUUCUGCCGGCGACGUUGCUCAGCAGGUCACCAUGAAGAAGAUUCCCCAGUACAGUACAGGCUGGCGGGCCCUCGCGGCAAUUAUGUCAAGGGAAACGUCUACCGAGUCCCUAUCCACGUGCGAAGGAGCACUUUUAGACUGCCUACUUCUCCCAAGGUUCCAAUCAUCAUGGUCGGUCCUGGAACUGGUGUUGCUCCUUUCCGAGGCUUCGUGCAAGAACGUGUUCGUUGCCCUCACCUGCAAAGCUAUCGAGAAAAACGGACCGCUGAUGCCCUCAAAGACUGGGCCCAUAUUUAUCUGUUCUACGGGUGUCGACGUGCCGGCGAAAAAUUUUGUAUCAGGACGAAUGGCCGCAGCAAAGUCUACGUACAGGGCCUCAUCCACGACCUUGCCUCUGGAACUCGCUCCGCUCAUCAUCGACAAGCGCGCAUAUAUCUACAUAUGGGGCGACGCCAAGAACAUGUCGAAGGCUGUCGAGGAGAUACUUAUGGAGAUGCUUGGGCAGGCGAAGGGCGGAAGUGCAGCAGUCGAGGGGGCCAAGGAGCUGAAGACUUUGAAGGAGAGAAACAGAUUAAUAACCGACGUCUGGAGCUAG